UAAUAUUUUGGUUGGUUUAUAAACAGUAGCAAAACUUUCCGGCCGUUGAAUCAAUAUUAAAUAAAAUUUUUGAAAGGCCUAUCGAAAAAACUAUUUUGUAGUGCAUCCUUUGCGGAUGAUCGAUGUAAUGGCAACGGUAAAGGAAAAAACGGACAGUGAAUGCACCGAGUGGUCACCGGAGGAGGAAAUUCAGCUCUUUUUCGCCAUGGACGGUCUAAAACCGAUUGGAAUAAAUCGUCACUUUUUUAUUGUAUGUGUCGUGGAGCGGCUCUCGAAGGCACUGAAUCGGGAAAUCAAUAGCGAUGCGGUGUGGUCUCAUCUUAAAACAAUGUACAAUCUCAAAGCGCUGAACGAACAGGAGCAACUUCCGUUCCCCAAUGAGGAGUCCGAUUUCUGCCUACCGGAAACAGAUUUCUCUCUGGCGAUCAAACAAAAAUCAGUUGAAGAGCAGAGCGCGGAAGAGAACAAAAAAUCCGAAGUCAAGCCAGAAUCAGUUACGAAAUCAGUCAAAGACAAGGAACAGUUGGACAAGGAAAAGGAUAAGCAAAACGACAAAGAAAAGGACAGUAAGUCAGCAAAGAUGAAGGCUGAAGUUGCAGAUAAUACGCCCAAGCGGCCACAAAAACGUACCCGAGGAUCGAUGUCGCUUGAGCCAAAUGCUGGCAGUCCUAGUACACCACAGGGCGUACAAAUAACCAAACGAAGGCGCAUUUAGUUGAAUAGUAUUAAAAAUUAACAUUGAAUUUAUUAUAGUGUUGAUAUAAACCGCACGUGUAAGGAUAAAUGUUGGGAAAAAAUAAUAUUAUGUUUGGCACCUAGUCACUUGUAUUUUUAGUAGUUUAAGGAGGUAUUCUGGUAAAGUUGAAGCGAGUA